GAUAUCGCCAUAAAAACAGGCGCAUGCAUUUUAAGUCCCUUGCAAUUAACAGGACCGUCCUCAUGCUACGGAAAGCGAUUUAGUGAGAACAAAUGAGUCACGAAUGGCAACGUCGUCGUAGGUCGAGGCAGAACCCAAUGGUAGGGAUAUCUCAGGCACGACUCCGAUAAAAUUGGGGCCCCGAGCUUAUGGUUAGCCCUUGAGAAUACGAUAAUAUAUAUGAAGUAACGAGUACAAAGGUCGAAAAAUUUCGAUAACGUCGCUUCGAUCGAUUGUUCCAUUCGAUUGAAAAAAUAAAUUUAAUCGAAGCGAAAUUUGAGAUUCUAAAAUAACUUUCGUGACUCGAGCAAAAUGAUAAAAAAUUUUCAACAAUUUUAUUAUCUGUGAGAAAUCGCUGACAAGUCGUGUGAACGUUCGCACGAAAAUCAACAAACGAUAGCAAGUAUCUCGACGAAUAGUUUUACGUUUCUCGAAAUGUUGACAAAGCGUAAUCGAAUCGGUAUUCGUUUCGAAACCGAUAACGGAGCUCGACACGUGGCGUACCUGAAAAGAGGUGACGAAGAGUACAGCCCUGAACCGGGAUGGAAGCAGGCAAGAGCGCAAGUCUUCUGCUAAUGCCAAACGAUUCCCUUAAUACACUCGCGUCUGGAAUCUUGUUGUAAUUGGGUUGAACGCUUUGUGCCAGCUGUCGCAUACUUGUCAGUAUUUCACAGUGAUCGUAUAAACCGGUCUAGCACGAAACUCGGCGAGGGGAUCGCCGUUGUCGAGCGAGAAUAAUUCAAGUGAGCACGGUCGGAAAGUAAGAGAAGGAGUGUUAGAAGCGCGACUCGAAAGGAACGGCUGGUUGGACGCCAUCUUAGAUCCAUCGCGAGCACGUUGCAGACAAAGCGGUCGAAGAAGGUCCGAAGAAUCGCGAAGUUUCCGAGAAAAUAAUUUCCAGGCAUGCGAGAAGGAAAGGUGUCAUUUUUCCUCGAACGUGAACGCUUAUAAAACCCACACAGUUUAUGUCGACAGAGGCAGAAGUGGUGCUUUCUGUGAGCGAGAAAACUACGGUGCGGCCACAGAUGCAUGAAACGCAAGUGAAACGAAAACGGUGUGCAAAGUGACUUCUUGGAGGAGAGAGAUUUUUUCUUUUCUGUUUCCUAAUUUACGGGGUCCUAAAAGGGCGGAGCUGAUAAUCGACGCGAGCGAACGAAUUGAAAUUUCCAGCAUGAGUAAGAUACUAGGUACAAACUAUUGCACCGUGUUCUCUGUACUUAGAAGUCCCGAAGAGGGUGAAUCGUUUAAACGGAUCAUCUGAAAGAAGAAUUCGUCGACGAGCGAAAGAUAAGUUGGAAUAACGUGAAAAAGAGAACGGAUUUUGUAUAUCGAUAGUCAAUCCGUCGAGAGCUAUUAGUCAGAAUUAAUCAAUCGAAUUACGAGCGAUUGUCACGAGUGAAUAUUAGUGUUAAAAGAAGUGUGUCAGUUUUUCGUGCGUGAAAAAAAUAAAGUGCUUAUUCAUUCUAAAAAUCAUUCUAAGAACUCGUGAGAGUCGUGUGAUCACCUUUGAGAAAGGAACUUUAACAUUGACGUAAUCGAUUCUAUAUAUAGGUGUUCGAAAUUCGCGAAACGGUGAAGCGGACGUUAUACCAGUGAGGUGCACAUAUUUUAUUUUGAAACAACUUUUACUUUUCCAGAGCGUUAAUCGAACUUUUCGAUCGAGAUUUAUUCGUGUACUUAAAACGUUGAAAAGUCGAGAUUCGUGAUUUCUCGAUUCGAGAUCGUGAAAAUAAAUUUUUUGCUCGUUUCAGUCAUCGAUAACGCGAUCGAUAGAUCAUUCGUCGAUUCGAUCGUGACCAUUUGACCGAUAACGCAGAUCUCUGUCGAUCGAAGAGAAUCGCAAGAAAAAACACAAGUGUGAUUCGAGCCGGAAUUGACCAAAUCGACCAAGUUUCUCUGCCGAUCGAGACAUCCGACGGCAUCCAAAAUAUUUUUAUAACCCGUAAUGUAUUUGAGAUCGCACGUACAGGCAGCAAAAGGGAGGCAUGAGAAUGCAAGAGAGGCGAUAGAAGUUGGCUGCGGAGCAAAAGGCCGAGAUAACAUUGGACCAGCCGCGAGAGGCAAGGGAAAGACGAAAAAAUCUCUGGUGAGCUGCUGGGAUUUGGAAGAGCCUCAGCUGCUUCAUCCGGGAUCGGCCGACAGGGAUUCGAAACAGGCGUCUGUGCGACGCGGUAUGAGCGAAGGUGAACGAGCAGUGACCACGCCACGAAUUGGCUGGCGAAAGCUCACCGAUCCUGGCGACUGACACGAAUCAAGGAACUCGGGGGCAGGUCCGAAGCGAUAGCACCAGCUACUGUUUCAUAGCCAACGUCGUCGUUGUCCUGCCACUCAACUUAGCCACUGCCGCCUCAACUCUCGUGGAAGGAUCUUCGAGUCCCGACCCGUACGACAGGAUACCGCUAUAUCCUGACGCGUCCUCGAUUAUUUAAUGUCAGCCAAAUGCAAGAGAACGCUCCGUCGAGAUUUACAUCGAGAACAUUGAAGACGGACCCGAAAAUGGCGGGCAAUCGGUGUCGGUAGCAGACGGGGUUAUUGCCUAAAACAGCCGUCUCCUCGUCCUGCGCUAUUAUUGGGGGACGAACGUUUGAAUCGUUCGCUUCGUUUCGGCUAGAUUCCCAUUUUUCUCUCUUGUCACGAGUAUUUUAUCCUCGUCGAUCUCCCUCUGAAGCCAGUUGACGAACUUUCGUGUACUAUCCAUUAUUUUUAUUUUUCUCUCUUUUUUUUCACAUUGUGUCGUUGUUAUAUAAGCAACAAGGGCCCAUGAUUGGCCCAUAGACAAUAAAUCGUAGUCGAUAGAAGAGUAGUGGUAACAUGUAGUUGUGGAACGUACAAGAUAAAAAAUUAGGAAGAAGGACAAGAAACGUCGAAAGGGAAAACGCUGUCGUGAUACCGCAAAAGUAGUAUCCUCGCUGAGUGAUCUCUCGCGAGACCACGAACAAUUGUACCUAAUUAAAAAAAAGAGAAGAGAAAACAUAUAUAUAUAGAUACGUGUGCUUACGUAUAUAUAUAUAUGUAUAUAUAGAUAGAUAUACAAGAUUCGUAUUUAAUUCCUGCUCCUUUCCCUGCGAUCAUCAUCAUGCCACCCACUCCGAAUAAAUUGAACUUGAGCUUCGCCAGAAACGCGUACAACGUGUUUGGAGCGCGCGGUACCAAUACGACUACUGACCAUCAGCGCGAGCAGAAAACGGAACUCUUAGAGGGUACCAAGAGUAAUGGUAUACUUCAUCUAAAGAAUGGCAUCGAUUACAUCAAUCCUGGUGAGGAAGAUCAAAUGGAAAUUUAUGGCUACAAAAGAAACAAAAUUUUUACCGCUAUUACUUGGUUCUUGAUUAUAAUCACCGGAGGCCUUCUUAGAUUGGUCUUUCAUUGGAUACCACAUUUGAUGUUACUCGCGACUCAUUCCAAAUGUCAAUUAGAAACCGCAGACACUGUUUUAUUGGUGGAAAGAUUUCAAGGGAAGCAUACGAGCUAUCAUGUGAAAAAAUUAAAGACUUUGGCCGCUGAAGAUAUAUUAAGCAAACCCUUCGAUGGAAAAUCAUUAUUGGAUAACGAACCUUGGAUGGAGAACGGCAGUAUGAUAACUAUCAAGGAAGUAAAAGAAGAAUAUCCGACACUGUCGUUGCAUUUAAUCGGUGGACAAUUUAAACAGGUUUCUUCGAUCGUUCUUUUCCAUUGCAAGAAAUUAACUUACGUUUGGGAUCCCGAAAGAUCAGAAUUUCUCAAGCUUCGAGGUUUGGACGCCGGUGUUCUAACUUCCACGUUGCAUCAAAUGCAAGGAUUGAAUUCACUUGAGCAACACAUGAGACGCAGCGUUUAUGGAAACAAUGAAAUCGUGAUUCCAGUAAAAAGUAUUCUAACUUUGCUUUGUCUCGAAGUUUUAAAUCCAUUCUACGUCUUCCAAUUGUUUAGCUUUGGUCUCUGGGUUGCUGACAAUUAUUACUAUUAUGCCAUGGUUAUCUUGACCAUGUCCAGCAUUGGUAUAAUCAUGGCAGUCUUCCAGACUCGUCGAAAUCAACAUAACUUACGAUCCACUGUACAUUCUUCCGAUGUGGCCACGGUGAUAAGAGAUCGCACGACCGGGCAAACAGCGACUGUUCCUGCUGAAAAAUUGGUACCUGGUGACAUUUUGGUUAUUCCCUCUCACGGUUGUUUGAUGCCUUGCGACGCGGUACUUCUCACUGGAAAUUGCAUUCUGAACGAAUCCAUGUUAACCGGAGAAUCAGUUCCGGUUACGAAAACGCCUAUUCCUUCGUCCAAUGAAGUGAUAUACGACACCAAGGAGCACGCAAGGCACACUCUCUUUUGUGGUACCAAAGUUAUUCAAACCAGAUACUAUGGAUCGGAAAAGGUAUUAGCCGUGGUUGUUAGAACAGGAUUCAAUACCAGCAAAGGUGGUUUGGUCAGAUCCAUCAUGUAUCCUCCACCAGUAGAUUUCAAAUUCGAACAAGAUUCGUACAAGUUCGUAAUCUUGUUGGCCGGCAUAGCUAGUAUUGGCGUGAUUUAUACCAUCGUGACAAAGGCUAUUAGAGGUGUCCCUAGCAACCAUAUCGCUCUAGAGGCGUUAGAUCUGAUCACCAUAGUAGUGCCUCCAGCUCUGCCGGCAGCUAUGACCGUUGGCCGUUUAGUAGCGCAGAGAAGACUCGAGAAGAACAAGAUUUACUGUACGAGUCCAAGAACUAUCAAUGUAUCGGGAUCGAUCGAUUGCAUUUGUUUCGACAAAACCGGGACACUGACUGAAGAUGGCCUCGACAUGUGGGGCGUGGUGUCCUCCGUCGAUAGGAAGUUCCAGCCACCCGUUAAAAACAUCGCGUCUUUGCCUCUGAACGAUCUUCUAAUAGGAAUGGUAACGUGUCACGGAAUCACUAUAAUAGAGAAUCAACUCGUGGGUGAUCCGCUUGACUUAAAAAUGUUCGAGUCUACUGGCUGGACGUUGGAAGAACCCGAUGUGUCCGAUACAUCGAAAUUCUCUAUGCUUUUUCCUACGAUAGUACGGCCACCGAAGGGCUCCAAGCUGCUGAAGAAACUACCCACCGAGAUAAGAAUAUCGCUCAGCCGACAAAACUCCAUGUCUUCGGACGUGAUGGAUAACAUCUCGUUGAACAACCUCGAUACCACGUUGGCUGGUUCCACGACGGAAUUGGGAGAGCAAGGUUUAGAAAUUGGGAUCGUUCGUCAAUUUCCAUUCACGUCUAGUCUUCAGAGGAUGAGCGUGAUAACGAGGACGUUGGGAGCUAAUCAUUACGAUCUUUAUUGCAAAGGCAGCCCAGAAAUGAUACUCAGCCUUUCCAGAGCGGAAUCCAUUCCACCAGACUUUGGCACCGUGUUGCAAGAUUAUACUUCAGAAGGUUACCGUGUAAUCGGCCUCGCGCACAAAUCAUUGAACCGUCUUCCCUACGCUAAGGUUCAACGAUUGAGUCGCGAAUCUGCCGAGUCCGAUCUUACGUUUUUAGCGUUCGUGAUCAUGGAGAAUAGAUUGAAACCGGAAACGACACCUGUGAUCAGUGCUCUAAACACUGCCUGCAUAAAAACCGUUAUGGUGACUGGGGACAACAUGCUGACUGCACUCUCAGUCGCCAGAGAUUGUGAUAUCGUGAAACCAGGUACACCCGUUAUCGCAGUCUCUGCCACUCAACAGAAUCAGAUGAAGCCACAGAUCUACUUCACGAAGAGCAACAGCGAACCGUCAACAACGCACGCGGAUCUUAGCGAAAUGACCGAUCUAAACAGUGUUGCUAGCUUGGAAACGAUUGAAAGUGGCUUUGGGAACAAGUACGAAAACGAUAUCAAUUAUUUAUCCGACGACUUGCAACAUUCGCAAAAUAAAUAUGUGUUUGCACUCACGGGCAAAACAUGGGCACUAGUCAGACAAUAUUAUCCGGAAUUGAUUCCCAAACUCGUCACGCGUGGAGCAAUUUUCGCAAGAAUGUCGCCGGAUCAGAAGCAACAACUCGUUCAGGAAUUGCAAUCUUUGGGUUAUUACGUUGCUAUGGUAGGCGAUGGGGCAAACGACUGCGGAGCUCUGAAGGCGGCCCAUACCGGAAUUUCUCUCUCCGAUACCGAAUCUUCGGUAGCGUCGCCCUUCACCAGCCGCGAAACCAACAUUUCCUGCGUACUUACCGUGAUUCGCGAAGGCCGCGCAGCCCUGGUCACUUCUUUCGGAAUCUUCAAAUACAUGGCGAGCUACUCGCUCACACAAUUCAUUUCCGUGAUGUUGCUGUACGGUAUCGAGUCGAAUCUAACGGAUAUCGAGUUCCUCUACAUCGACCUCUUCAUCAUCUCGAUCUUCGCUUUCUUCUUUGGCCGUACCGAAGCCUACGAUGGGCCCCUGGUCAAGACAGCUCCUCUCAACAGUCUUAUCAGUACCACCCCCAUUCUAAGCCUAGUGACGCAAAUUUUGAUCGUGGCAUUGUUUCAAUACGUCAGCCUGUGGCACCUCGAGCAGAUGGAUUGGUUCGUACCGUUCAACGCCACGCUCAAAGCGGCCGAGAACAAAGACGACGUGAGCUGCACGGAAAAUUACACAGUUUUCAUAAUCAGUUCCAUGCAGUAUAUCAUUCUGGCUGUGACGUUCUCGAAGGGUCAUCCGUACAGAAAGUCUCUGUUCACGAAUUACGGGCUGCUCACCUCGUUCAUCCUUCUCAGCCUCUUCUCCGUCUACCUCGCUACUUUCCCCUUCGAAUGGCUGAGCAAUUGGUUCGAGCUGAUACUUCCGGACGAUGUAGGUUUUCGUUUCAUCCUGGUCGGAUACGGCGUCGCCAACUUUUUGAUCUCGUUGCUGAUGGAAUACGUGUUCGUCGACUACCUCGUUUUUAGGAAAUUACGUUACCGUUGGCACAACGUAGACAAGUCCAGGCGAAAGUUUCUCGCCAUCGACCGUGAUAUGGCGCGCGACUUAAAAUGGCCACCGAUCUCCCAGGAGCCGUUGCCCGAAGCGGCGCCGGACAUUCUGAUCCGUCAAAACGUGACCGAGAUCAAGAUCGAGAAACGCGUGCCCGAGCCCUGCCAUCCGGCCGACACCAGCCUCGUGAACAAUCCCAUCUGCGCCAAUUUCAAGCACUUCGGCUCGGCAAGAGAGGUCACCCUGAAUCCCAGAUCUUUGUUCAACGAUCGAAGGAACACCAUGUCGAUGCAAACGGUCCCCUGCUUCGAGGACAGGGACACGGCAGGGACGGUGCAACCGAAUACGGAGCUAACGGGGAAGAGAAGGUACAAUUCGGAAUCGGAGAAGGGGAUCAAUCGAUGCGAAAAGCCGUUCAAGAGUCACAGCACCAAUCCGAUCGCGACCUUGCCCAGGAACUCGGCCAUGGCUCUUCAACCGCAGAAAUUGAGGGAUUUGAAGAAUAUCUUGAUGCACAAAAGCGAGGACGGCUUGUCCCCCGCUACCCAAAGUGUCCUUGAACUCGAUAUUCUACCGUCGUAGAAGGUAGGAGAACGAUUCGAGACGUUGAUUCGGAUUCGAAUGGCACGGAUACUUCGAGCAACGAGCAAUGACGGUUCAACAUUGAGGAGCAAGCUGCUGUUGGUUGUUCAAAGUAUCUGCGCGAUUUCUUCGUGGGAUUGGAUCGCCACGAUGCAAUCGGAAUCAAUUUUGUCAGUGCAUUUGUUGCCCCAUGACAACGUUGCGACACACAACAAGACUGUUUCAACUGUUACACCGGAACCGUUCGAGAACGUAAUUGUAAUUUAAGAAUCAAGAUCGGAAUCGAAAGUGAUUUACGAUCGAACUGGCGAAUUUCCGACACGACGAUCUCUAAAUAUCGUUGACAAGAAUGCAUUUAGAAUGCCGCGGCGUUCACGACAGCUUGAUAACCGGCGAUGCUCGAUCGAGCACCUCGAUCGGGUCCCUUUUGACCCGAUAUUUCUUCGUCCUCCUCCUUUAUUAGUAUUCGAGCGUACCACUCUCAAACGAGAAAGUAUUAUCGUUAGUUUAUUUAACUUAGAAGAUGAAUUUUAACUCGCCCUGUUUCCCAGGGUUUACGGCUCUUCUCUACGGAAGAACAACAUUUUUGACGCAGAUCGUACGAUGUAGAUAGGUAGAUACCUUUUUUCUUCUUUUUUUUCUUCUCUCCUUUUUCUUUUUGGGAACUCUCGCGUUUAAACGCCGUUUUUUUUUUUUCACUGCGGUUUUAAAGAUAUUACUUAAAAUUACGAAAGAAUGAAUAUACGGAUAACACGAGCUCCAUGUGACAGAAUGUAUAGCGAGUCGAAAUUAAUUUUUUUGUAAAUUAGACACAGCUAGUAGGGAAUUGAUGGAUACAUUUCCCGUUUUCACGACGAGCAUUUUUGUUUUUUUUUUCUCUCUCUCUUUUCUUGAUUGUUUUCAAUGAUCGAACAAUAUCUAGUCCGAUUUCGUCGAUGGCAAUAAGUUGUUGUUAUCAAAAAUACGAGGAACGGGGCCCGAAAAAAAACGACGCUCGUUGACGAGCGUCGAUCAAUGAAGGAUCGUCGAAGGAAAAAUUAUUUAUUAUUUCGUCGCGAAAGCGGGAAGCAUAGUGUAAUUCUUUUCGUUGGUGUGCGAAGAUGAGAACUUAUAUUAGUAGUUUAUCCCAAGAUUGUCUUACUUAAUCGAAGCCUCGAGAGCCGACGCCUCCUACGAUCCUACAACGCAGAAGUUUGACACUCGUUGUCGCGGAUUGCUUAUCGUUGAAACGAAUAAACGAGAAUAAAUGUGUACUUAUAUACGCGAUGAAAAUCACAUACUUAAAAGAAAAAAAAUAAUAAAAAAAGGAAAAAAAAUAAAAAAAAAGAAAAGCGUUGCCCUGCUAUUAAGCAACGUAUUAUGCUUGCGUUUGAGUUAUAUCGGUUGUCGAAUAACAAAGUAUGUUUUUAAUGUAAA